AUGCCAAUAGCUACCAGGACCCAACAGACGGACGGGAACUCUGCAGGUUCUGUGAAGAAUUUUCCGUCGCGAUCCAGCGGAGAACCCUCCAAAGCCACGGGGGCUUCUGGAGGACCAGUGACCUUGCCAAUUCUGCCAACUCCGGAUCCAAACGAAAGAAAACACAUUGGUGAGACCAGCGAUAAGCAUUUCAACGAAGACAUCAAUGACAUCGGAACCAAAUUGAACAGUGUCAACAAUGAUUUAUUUCAUGUCCUGAGUGAAUUGCAGGCACGCCAGUCCGCGGGACUCGGGAGUGCAAAAUGUCAUACCAAGGCAUUAGUGGAUUCUUCUGGCAACUUCAUUGUGGAUCUUUUAGUUACUGGCAAGGAAAAAUCGCCUGGAAAGGGAGUCACAGUCGAAAGGCUCGAGAAGUUGCCAGAUGCCCAGAAGAUAAGAAUUUUAAAAAAGUUGAACCCAACUGAAGAGUUCAGCUCAUUGAUCGAACCAUUCAUCGAAAAGCUCCUGCAAGAGGCGUUUGAGGCGCGAAGAGAUGACAAUUUCCAACUAAACCAGUCCAUGGACGAACUCAUUGACAUCAAAUCCGACCUCAUGCAAGCCGUGCUUGACUCUGCUGAGGAUAGCCAGGACAUCAUCGAUCUCCUCCAUUUCCGAAUGGCAGAGGACAAGAGUCUUUUAGAUGCUUAUGAGACAGAAUACACGGACUACCUGACCAUGCAACUCCGCAUCGCUGUGGGUUUGCCUAGGUCCUUCUGUCAUUGCCCUCCAGGAGUAUAA